AUGUUCCAGCGUGAACGUUUCCGCAACCGGAUCACCAAGGUGACCACCAAGAUGUUGUACUCUGUAGACUUCUUUUCACGGCCGCUGGACCACUUCCUGUCCUCUGAGGAUCCACGAGCGCCACCUCAGGACCGCACGGUGGUGCACGACGACGGCCAAUGGGGAGGCUCCGAGCCCCACCCCAACUUCCUGAUCCGCCAGGCGGAUCAGCUCCACCACGCGUUAUACGUGAUCCAGGAGGCGGCUUCCGAAUGGUAUCCAGCGGCCAUUGCCGAGGUUUUCCGGACGGUUCAUGGGAGCGCCAUUCAGCACGUGCCGCUAUUCACCGACGUGCUGUAUGGCGUCGACGCCCGGGACCUGGUCCCUCGCGCGCGCCGGAUUUUGAGUUCUGAAUCUCGGGAGUACCAGCAGUUUGUUCAUCGAGUUUUGAACGACGCGAUGAUCCGAACCGUUUUCGCCCCGCAGGCCCCUGGGCCACAAGUAUCCGAUAUUCGACGGACCAGUGAUCGACCUCGUGACCGCCAGGCGUCACGACCCCGGCCAGGCCGGAGUGGCCGUCAAGCUGACAGGACGGUCAUCCCGCAGGACAUUCGGAAUCAGAUUCCCGUGAUCAACGGCACCCAAGUCUGCAUCCGAUACCAGGCGAUGUCCGGAUGCUCUUUUCCCCGUUGCCACCAUGUCCACACACUUCAACGUCUUCCUCCACCCGUGCUUCGCUGGGUUACUGACCGACAUGGUCCGCUUAAGGGCGGCCACCCUCAGCGCGCUUGA